UUGAGAGGAGGGACCAAUAUUUAGGUUAUCGUUACUGAGCUUGCUGGAAUGGCGUCCUGAGUUACCAGCAUGACAACGAAAUUUACCACUCUGCCCCCUUCUGGGUCAAAGAAACCACCAACUGGACACGCCCCUCAACUCGCUACUUCGGGAAAACAACUUGGGAAUGCACAACUCUUAUUUGAACCUUCUCCUCCUAAACUAGAGAAAACCAACAAAAACCGUUCCCCCAGCCCAAACAUCAGACGCAGAACGCAGAGUGCCAAGACAUCUCAUACCAAGUCUUCAAGGUCGUUGCUUGUUUCUUCCAGUGGAAACACAGAGAGGAGGCCCGUAUCGGCAGUCGUUCCUGGAGAAAAGCAAUACUUUCGGACAUCUAAGUCUAAAGAGGAGGGAGUAAACGAUGCCAAUAAUAGACCUAGUUACGUCCCUGUGCCAACGCAGUUCUUGGCGUUUGAGGAAACAGAUUCCUGUCCUCACCAUUCUUCAUUAACAGAACCUCCCCAUAGGCAUGUAUCGAGAACUUAUCAUGGUAGGGUAGAUUUCAAAGGUCAUGGACAUGAAGAUACUGCAGGCCAUCAUGAAAGUGUGCUUGGAAAGGACUCAAGAAGAAUGUUUUCAGAUGAUGGUUUAGCGAGGGAGGAGAGUAGGAACAGUUUGCCUCAGGGUAUUUCAGCCCUUUCACCAUGGAUAACACCUGGUCUACCAACAGAGUGGAUAGGGGUAGAUGGAGACAGCUGUGUGAUGUUCUUGCCUUCACUGCUGGGUGAAACUGAAGCCUUGCCUGUCGUACCUCCACCUCAAGAAUCAUCAGAAGUCAUGCCGCAUAAGCCACCUCCUCCUCAGCCAAAACCAUUUGAUCCAAGAAAGUUAUUCCAUUAUGAUGUUGAAAAGAACCUCCCUUCAUACAUGAAAGACGUGGAUGGACCCCGGCCUAAAAGUCGCCCAGGCACUUCCAAGGAUGACAGGAUAUACUCCCUGAAUGGUCAGCUGCUGCAUGAUCAAUGUAAAUAUUCUUGGAACAGGACGGCUCUGAUGAUAAAGCAGGAAAUUGAAGAUCUGGAGCUGCUUCUUGAAGGUGUUGGACGUAAGGGAAGUGCCAAUCCAGUCGUACAGUAUCAGUAUGAGAUCAGUAUGCUGAAGAAGGCAGUGUCAGACACCAUUAUCCAGUGCCAUCUAAUGAGGAGACCCAAGCCAAAAGAGGAAGAACCACCAGAUUUAACCGGAUUACGGCAGUACAUAAGGGAACGAGAACGUGUGCUUGCUAAGAUCAAGGCAAGGAGGGAAGCUUGUCUGAUAGAGCUGGCAAAACUUGAAAACUCCCUCGGUCUCGGAGACCAGGCCAACCAGAGUGUAGACUGAGCUAAUAACAUAAACCUUCAUCAUUUAUGAGGGCUUUACACUGACUUGUUUGUGCUGACCAAUCAGAUGCAAGGAUUUGAGGUAGCUUGUAACAAAAGUCAGUGAAAAUCUUUUGAAAAUCUUCUAGGUCUUGGAGACCAGGUUGGUGUUUCACAAAGCUGUUUGUAAUUUGUGAACGACUUAAUGUACGACUGGUGACCCAUUUUGAGAGCAAAAUUAACACCAAUGGUAACUUGGGUUGUGUCACUUUCCAUAAGAGAGGGUCACCAGUCGUUUUUGUCUCACCUGCAUAGCAGAGUGAGACUAUAGGCGCCGCUUUUCCGACGGCGGCGGCGGCGGCGGCGUCAACACCAAAUCUUAACCUGAGGUUAAGUUUUUGAAAUGACAGCAUAACUUAGAAAGUAUAUGGACCUAGUUCAUGAAACUUGGCCAUAAGGUUAAUCAAGUAUUACUGAACAUCCUGCCUGAGUUUCAUGUCACAUGACCAUGGUCAAUGGUCAUUUAGGGUCAAUGAACUUAGACCAUGUUGGGGGAAUCAACAUCAAAAUCUUAACCUAAGGUUAAGUUUUUGAAAUGUCAUCAUAACUUAGAAAAUAUAUGGACCUAGUUCAUGAAACUUAUACACAAGGUUAAUCAAGUAUCACUGAACAUCCUGCAUGAGUUUCACGUCACAUGACCAAGGUCAAUGGUCAUUUAGGGUCAAUGAACUUUGGCCGAAUUGGGGGUAUCUGUAGAUUUACCAUCAUAACUUUAAAAGUUUAUGGAUCUGAUUCAUGAAACUUGGACAUAAUAGUAAUCAAGUAUUACUGAACAUCCUGUGCAAGUUUCAGGUCACAUGAUCAAGGUCAAAGGUCAUUUAGGGUCAAUGAACUUUGGUCAAAUUGGGGUAUUUGUUGAAUUACCGCCAUAACUUUGAAAGUGUGUUGGUCUAGUUCAUAAAACUUGGACAUAAGAGUAAUGAAGUAUCACUGAACAUCCUUUGCGCAUUUUAGGUCACAUGACCAAGGUCAAAGGUCAAUGAACUUUGGCCAUAAUGGGGGUAUCUGUUGAAUUACCAUCAUAACUUGGAAAGUUGAUGAAUCUUUCUCUUGAAACUUGGACAUAAGAGUAAUCAAGUAUCACUGAACAUCCUGUGCGAGUUUCAGGUCACAUGAUCAAGGUCAAAGGUCAUGUAAGGUCAAUGAACUUUGGCCACGUUGGGGGUAUUUGUUGAAUUACCAUCAUAUCUCUAUAAGUGUAUGGGUCUAGUUCAUAAAACGUGGAAAUAAGAGUAACCAAGUAUCACUGAACAUCUUGUGCGAGUUAUAGUAGUUUUCAAAAUCAGCACUGCUGCUAUAUUGAAUCGCGUGAUGCAGGUGAGACGGCCAGAGGCAUUCCACUUGUUUAAAGUUAUGCGUAACUUACGAACAGCUCAAUGAAAUGGUCUUCAGCCAAUAAGAGUGCAACGCUACGCCUCUAAAUCAUCUGUAGAGUGUGUCAUGAAGCAAAUAGUCAGGGAUUUUCAUAUUCUCAAUUGCUUUGAGCCAAUCACAUGCAAAGAUUUAUAGUAACUUAUAACAAUAGUCAGUGAAAAUCACAGGUUACUUGGUUCGUGAAAUGCUCCCUACCUCUUCUUCACCUUGAUUCACUUGAAGUGUAAAACUCAUGAAAACAGUGUGUGAGACAGACUUUGGUCUUCUGAAUUUUUUUCAGAAUGUGUUUUUUUAUGUGGUAUAUUAAUUUAUUUCUAAUUAUGACUUAUUCCUACCCAACAGCAAAUAGAUUUGUUAAAAAAAUCAGUAAACAAGUGUUUAGAUAAUGCUGAAAAUUCAAUCAAAAUUGAAAGGAAAAAAAAAAAUCAAAAUUUUAUUGUUUGGUUGGGUAUAUAUUUAUAAGAAAAUAGUAAAAAUGUCUCAGAAUAGAUUGUUUAUGGAUAGAUAGCACUCUAUAGCGUCAUAAUAAUAAUAAUAACUAGAAUUUUAAUUCGUCUUGGGGACGAAUUAGGUGAUCUGUCUGUCAUUCUCAUGAUCACGAUGUAAUAUUUGAUCAUUAUAUCCAUGGCAAUGCACAUCAAUAUAAUCAUCAUCAUUAAAAACAGACUUUUAUUAACAAAAGAACAUAUUAAAUACAGCAGCUGAAAGACAAAAUAUUACGUUGUGUGAACGAUCUUGUUGUAUUAGAGAAUGCCAAAUGCAAUUUCGCAAGUGACUACACGAAAUAGUUAAAAUAAUGUUGCCGAAAUCCAUGAAUGUAGAAUCAAAUUUUGAGAAAAAUCAGUAUUUAAUAGACGUUACACACAAAUACAUUAGCAAAAAAAAGAACAUUGUCAAGUGAGUUUCGAACCAAGGACCUUCGCAUUGCAAGGCAGGUGUGCUUUCCAUUAGACUACACAGCGCCCCGUACUCUCUUAGUUCAAAGAAGGAAUAUUAUCUUAAAUUGACUUAUGACAGUGAAAAUUGGCAUUGUGAUAUGCCUCUAUAAAUUCUAAAUUUUGAGGAUGAAUAAUUAAUAUAAAUGAAAAUUUUAUUGAAUAUUUAGUAAGAGUAUCAGCUCAGCUACAAUAUGUCGAAAUCUGGGCGAAAAAUGAUCAAGAAUUACGGAGUUAUAGUCAUAUUUGCAAAAUAAUUAAAACGUCAUAAAACAAAAAUGGAAAAUUUUAGUUCCGACGCCAUUUUGAUGACGUGAUGAUAAAAUUUAGGGUCAAAUGUCACAUGAAAUCACAUCUACAAUUCAUACUCUAUCCGAAUAUAAAAGAAAAUAUAGGGGUCAACGGACUAUCUGAAGAGUUAUAUUGAAUUUUGUAAAGACAUGUUUUUGCACAUAUUUGGCCUAUUUUCAAUGCGCGCUUGCGCGCGUAAUGCAAACUUUGACGGAGGCUAAUUCUUUUAUUACUUGUCGUAAAAGGUCGGUCAAGGUAUCAAAUUAUUGACAAUUUCAGAAAAAAUGCAUUGACGUAAAAGAAACGGCGAUUCUACAUUGCGUAACGACAUUACGCGCGUGAACGCGCGCGAAAACGUGUGAGCGCGCAAAUUCUUGAAAUGCUUCAAAUGACCUGAUUCGUACUCUACUUUGAUCAAAAAGUGAUUUUGAGCAUUUUAAAAUUUUGACGCGCGCGUACAUGCGCGUCGUGACGUGUUAAUGACGUUUGAUCACAUGGACAGUUGACCCAUGAUCUGAAGUUAAUUUCAUGUUAAUAUUGUUCAUUUUUGAUGAUUGAUGAUGAAGAUAUUGUUGAUAAUGUGAUUUUACAAAAUGGCGCGUAGAUGACGUCACGAUGACCAUUUGACGUUGAACUUGUUUCGUACACAUCGCAUUAUAACUGUGCAUAAUUGAUAAUAAUUUGAUGAAAAUUGAUAGAACAGUUUUUCUGAUUUUGGUGGAACAAGAAAAGGGUGG